AGGAUGGUGCGGCCACGACUGACCAUUUAUGUUUGUCAAGAGUCCUUGCAGUUGAGGGAGCAGCAGCAACAGCAGCAGCAACAGCAGCAGAAGCAUGAGGAUGGAGACUCAAAUGGUACUUUCUUCGUGUAUCAUGCCAUCUAUCUAGAAGAAUUGACUGCUAUUGAAUUGACAGAGAAAAUUGCACAGCUUUUCAGUAUCUCGCCUCACCAGAUCAGCCAGAUCUACAAGCAGGGGCCAACAGGAAUCCAUGUGCUCAUCAGUGAUGAGAUGAUACAAAACUUUCAGGAAGAAGCUUGUUUUAUUCUGGACACAAUGAAAGCAGAAACCAAUGAUAGCUAUCAUAUCAUACUGAAGUAGUUGUGGGGCCUUCAAUCCUCAGUGACUUCUGCUUCCUUCACCUCUUGGAAACUUCCCUCUCUUGGAAGGGGUGAAAAUGGAAAUAUGAAGGUCUGCAGGAACCUGACUCAUCUGACUGUGUGGGGAGUCCAGGCGGUGGAGGCAGAAUCCCAGCCAUUUGUGUUGAUGCACGCUCUUGUAGCACACAGAUUACUGCCCAACAUGCAUUUCUGCAGCUAUUUCUUGGUUGAAAUUUCUGGACCCUGUCAUUGUUGAAUAUUAUUAGAAACUACAUACCAUCUAGGCUGUAUGUAGGGCGUGAUAAUGAGAAUUGUGUGAUGUUUAAUGGAAAGAUGUUAAAUUUUUGUAAUAUGGAGCCAUGUAAUUUUUUCUAAUAUAAAAGUGAACACCUAUAUUCCUAAGACUAGAUCCUCAAUCUCUUUUUGCAUCACACUUAGUGGCUUUUUGCCACAAUUGGGCCCUGAAAACCUCAUGAAAGGAAAAAUUUGUUCCCCUUUAAUAUUUUAGCUUACAUUUAUUGAGCAUUUACUUGUGCCGAACAGAUCAAUUCUUUAAAUGGAUUAUCUUGUUUAAAUCUCAAUAACCCCAGAUUAAGUAGGUAAUGUUGAUCCCUAAUUGAAGAUAAGGGACUAGAGACACAUAGUGGCUAAGUUCUUGCUAAGUAAUAGGUAGGCAACCAGGAGGUAGUGGCACUGAAAUCCAAACCCAGGCUGUCCGGCUCUUGAUAACCACCACCCUUCACUGCAGCCCCCCUGCUUGCCAUCCUUUCUUACUGUGGCUCUUCUUGUGAACAGGCGAUAACUGAUAAAAAUUGAGAAAUCAACCACUGAAAGGGAUAAACCUAGUGAUGAAUGCAUCAAAGGCGACACAAAAUAAAAGCGUAGAUGCUUUUUAAGCAUCAUCAGUCAUCUGAUUUAUAGAAUCUGAGGUGGUGAAAACUAGGGAUUAUUUGUAACUCCUAAAAUUCAUUGUUCUUGAAUGAUAUCAAACUAUUGAGUUUGGCUAACAUCUGCUUUCUGAUUAUACGUUCUACAUCUUACUUCUUGCAGUGUUCUUUUAUAUAAGCAUUACAAGAAGUUCAUUCCAAUCCCAUUCAUACUUUUAGAUAUUUUAAAUUUUUUCUUUAGAGAGAGAGAGAAUGUGCGUGUGUGUGUGUGUGUGUGUGUGUGUAAAAGACUAGGGGUCCUCUUUUUUUUUUUCAUAUGUACAGUUUUAUCCAGAAAUCUCUUUACACAUUAUGUUGAAGUGAAAAAAGAUAAUGUUCGGAGAUUCUGUAUUGGGCUUGGAUGUGUGUGUGUUUAAAGCAUUUGAUGAAGUUUAAAUGUUUUUAUACAGAGAUUUUUGUUCAUUAAAAUCAACCGGCAAUAUGGUCUGAUUUCUUUCAGUUUGAAACAAAUUGAAAACUUUGAAACCAGAAAAUCAAGUCAAAUGACCUGGGCAACUUGACACAUAGGCCAAAAUACUUUUUUAGGGAAUGAUUACCAGAUGUCCCAGCUGUGGGGGGAUAUUUCUAGUUGUGUUAUGUUUUUAGGACUGGUUCUCUGCUUCAGGGAAGUCAGUUCUCUUCUUAGCAGGCUGCUACUGGGUUGGGUUUUUUUUCUUCUUAUUCUAUCUGAAUGCUAGGCUGAGAGGAUUUGACUAGAUCACUGUUAAGGUCCCUUCUAAAUUUGAAACUGGCUCUUGUUUACUGCAAAUGAUACACACAGUGCUAUUAAUAUAUUUACUAUAAAUUAUACUUACUAAGUUUUACUUGGAGUUGGGUUUUUUUAAGAGUAAUCUUCAAAUUGAUAGAGAUGUAUUUAUAUGACUUUGUAAUUACAGAUCCUUAAGUUAUCCAGAAAUUCUCUUAGACUUUCUUUAAUUCUAAAAAGAAUACUUAUAGUGCCAAAGCUGUAUAAUUUAUAAAAAUUGGUAUUGUGUUAGAAUAUUUUGAUUAUUCAACUUUCUUUAAAAAACUGAAUCUUCCUCUCAAGUAAAUGUAAAUUUAAAUUAUCUUUUUCAUUAUGAAAGUAAUACCUAAAGUGAUAGAUUCAAACAAUAAAGAAGGGUAUAACUUUUUCUACUGACCUCCUACUUCUAUUGCAAAAAAUUUAUCCCACUCUCGGGCUCAUGUUACACUAAUGAUCUGCAAGUUUUCUUUUGAAAUUUUGAAUGUCCUCCUAUAUUAGAAUGUAUAGUUAUACAUCAUUCUCUUUUUUAAAAUAACCAUUCCUCAUGGAUGCAAUUUAGGUUAAGUCAUUUUGAACAUGCAUCCUUGUAAGUUUUUUGCUUGUAUCUGUAAAAUAUAUUCCUAGAAGUAAAAUUUGCUAAUUUCAUCUUUUUUAGAAUGUGACAGUUGAUAUUUAAAAUAAAAUACAAAAUACAUGAUUUAAU